AUGUUGCCAACAAAGUGGCUGCAAUCCCCGGAUCGGGAAAUGAGCCUGUCAUUUUCCACGUCACUUACGACAGUGAGGAGCGUCUGGAAAGGGGGGGAUGUCACUGAUAUCCCAGGCUUCGAGAAUUUCGAUAGAUUCGGAACCAAGGAACAGCGGGCCAAGUUCUUCGCCAUUAUUGGCUUAAUUAUGGUCGCUGGCGACUGGGAUCUGCCGUCCAAAACCUCGCUAAACGUCAAGUUCCCCAACAUCAAGCCUCUGUCGGCCAGGAAGAUCCUCGAGCAAGCUUAG